UUGCUUUUGAGGUUACGUUACGCCAUUGUUUGUAUUCUGCGCUGUUAUCAGUUUGAGUUAUUCAUGUGUUGGAGAAAAUUUCACGGCUUAGCGCGAAUCUAUUUUUAAUUGCACCUUUCAAGCUAAUCCACAGCUGUCAGAAGUGACUGUUCCUACCGAUUAAAGUGCUCCUCGAAUACAUAUUCCAACGCUCAUUCACCCACGCUCAUCCCCAAUAUGUCAAACGACUCUAACAUAAGCCCAGAACAACUAGAAUGGAUUCAGCUUCGUGAGCUUCUAGAUAAAAAGCGAGCCGCAACUGAGCAACUUCCUGGAGAAGGAUGGAGAAAGAUUGUGACCAAAUGCAAAGAAAAUCCCUUUGUACCCAUAGGAACUCUUGCCACAGUGGCAGCCAUCUCCGUUGGGUUAUAUGCCAUGGUCACCGGACGGAAGCGAUUGUCUCAGCUUAUGAUGCGUUGCCGUGUCGGAGCUCAAGGUUUUGCCAUUACAGCCAUUUUAGUUGGAUUUGAGAUAAAGAGAAGAUCAUUGCUUGCGGAGAAGGCUGAAAAAGAAAAUCAGCAAUCGUCAGAGCAAGAAAGGAGUUGAAGCAAAAUCGGCACCCCAAUCACCUGUUUGUAUAUGUCUUUGUAGAUAGAAUUUUUAAUUCUCUGUUACUUAUUUUUGUAAUUGUGCAACUCUUUCGCUCCCCUAAAUUGUCUUCAAUGUGAGACCUAAUAUAAUAGGAGAAGAGAUAUUGUGAUUGAAUUGUCUCUCAGUACGAAAACGAUCUUUUUUAGAACCUCACAUAUGCAGCCACCAAUAGGAGUUGUUGUGUAAAACUUUGCGGCGUAAAUCACUUGAAUGCUGAACCUCAUACUCAAUUGUUUCUUGUUCAUAAUCAUCUCUGCAUGAGGAGACUGGCAUUAACCAUCCCAAAACUUGACCAUUGCAUGGUAUUGAUGCCUAAAGUGCAAAACUGCAUAUCUCUAUCUGGAUGUUCCAAAAUCUCUGCUUCUAUGUUAUUUUUUUUUAAAAAAGAAAAAGUUAAGUAUAUAGGUAUCUUGAAAUUUCCAUAGAAUAUCCAGCUAAUAGGAAAGGAAAGUCAUGGAAGUUUUCAAGAAAUUAAGUUGCGACUAGCUUUCCUAAUAAAAGUCUACAACAUCACAAAUGAAGAUACUUGGUCCUGCACUUUAGCAAUCAAUAUGUUGCUUCCUGAAGUUCAAGUUUGCUUCUUGCUUUAAAGAGGCAAAUAAUAUAAAUAAAAAAUGAGAGGUAUAGUUUCUCAAGGGAAAUUUAAAGGAAAUUAUUGGAAUUCUUGUAAAUACAACUCUUAAUGGUAUGGCCUUUAAGUCGAGCAAGUCGGUCACUGAAGGUGAAGGUGGCAUAACAAUCUGUCCAAGGAAAUAGGAUCAUGGUCCUCUGUUGGCGCCAAUGUUGGUCAUGGACUUGCGCACUUUAAGUCCCGUACGUUGAGCAAAGAAAAGCUGUUUUGCAAUGUUAGACUCCCAAAAAAUGGAAUUGGUAGAGGCAUGAAUAAUUAUUAGAGAAGUUACACUGUUUCUUUUUCUUUUUUUUUCUGUUGGAAAAUAAAAUAGAAAAUUUUUACUCAGUGAGUUGAUGCUUUAAUUAAUGAGAUUUAAUGUGUCAAAUCUAUUAUCAAUAAAGCCAGUUCACAAUUUACUAAUAAUAUGUAAUUUUUAGUCAUCUCAUUGAAACUGUAAGAUGGGACACGUAAUCAUUGUCUCUUUGGUUGAAUCAGAAAUUCUGAAUUAUUGAUCACAGUUUCUGCUAUGUACCAACCAUUUUGACUUAUUCAACAAAAGAGAAAGAUUUAAAGAAGAGAAUCAGUCAAAUUAGAUUCAUAAGUGGACAUAGUUUAUCAGCGAUGCACCAAGUCUAAUCUUAGAAACAAAAUGAUCUGAGAAGUUUAGAAUUCAACUAGUUACAAAAUUUCUCCUGCUAACAAUCCAAAGUCAAGAAAAGAGAUCUUGAACGUGGAAAUUGCUGUUAAAAUGUGCCCUUAAGUUUGAGUUUAUAAUAUGUAAAAAAGUUACAAACUGCUCUGUUCUUUGUAUUUUCUCUUUAUUUAAGUGAGAAACAAAGUGUAUAUUUUCAUUAUGAAAGCUCACUUGUAACUAAU